AUGAGCAUAAACGCGAGGCGUGGGUCCGCAGGCAAUCCAGCCGCCGGCUGCCCUUCCAUCAACAGGCGGCAGUCGGCCUUAAAGCGACAGGGUCACUCGGUCGUCGUCAGUUUUUCCCCUUCUGCCCGCUACCUGCACAAAAUUCCCCUGGCCGUGAAAGGUGCGCAGCGCAGGGAAAUUCCUGAAAGAUCAGAUUUCACGAGGCGCUCGCUACAAAUAAGCAGCCGGCGCACGCUCAGCGUGUAUUCCGCACGGGACUUCGAGCCGCCAGCAGCCUCUCGGAGCGCGUUACAAAACGGCCAUUUACUGAAGCCGCUCGGCAGGAAAAUGUUUGUAAAGAAACGGAAUUCCCUCUCAGAUGCAAAUGAAAUUAAGAGGGGAUCCCUGAUUAAGUCUCCUCCGUCCUACAUCUUUAACAAUCGGUCUUCGUGGAAAGUGCGUCUCUUUAAACUUUUUCAAACUAGGGAUAAUAAGUUCAUCCUCUCCUACUACGAGCCCGACGGCGUGUCAGAAAAAAUGAAAGGCACCAUUAAAAUCCGCAAUAUCAAAAGCAUUAAGAAGGAAUACAAUUCGGAGAACGUGUCGGCCAUCUUGAGAAGUUUUAAUAUUUCUCAUCACAAAGUAAUCCACGUCAAAACCGAGGAUCGGGACUUUUACCUCUGCGAUGAGAUAGAGGAAGAACUUGAUGAUUGGUACGAGUGCCUCACAAACGCAUGGAUCAAAGAGAACACAAGCAUGGAUAUAAGCGGACCAAAGAUUUUACACCCAAAGCCUCCCAGCGCCUCGUCUGAAACAUUAAACGAUGAUCGACCCAAAUCAUAUCCUGAAAACUAUCCAAAAAGUGGAAAUCAAUUGGCUGAAGCAAACGAGAGGGAGAGAUCUCACACAGACCCAGGUGUGAUCUGUAAACCGUCGCCAACAGCAAGUCAGCAACAAAAGAUCGAGUGCACAGACCGAAGUACCAUUCCACUGCCUGACCACCCCCAACCAGUGAAGCUCAAUACAAAGUGUUCAGCCAGACCCCCGCCUCUGCAGGUAAGCGGAUAUGCCCUGCGUAGGUUGGCAUUAAGGGCCUGUAAAUCUGGGCGAGUUUAUGGUCAGUUCAGCAGGACACCCUCUGAGCUGAAAUUAUAG